AUGCCUCGCUUCCCCUUCAGCGUGUCCGUCAUCUUGCUACUCUUCAUCUGCUCCAUGCACACAGUACGCUCCCAGAGUUUCAACAUUCCUUCCGGCUGGCAGAACACCAAGUCCAGCACGAGCUAUGCAGUACGCUUAGAUCUGGCUAGGGGAGCUGCUGGCGAAGUUCAAUAUUGGAGCGAUCCUUCAACAGGGUUUCCGGACGACCAUCAAGUCAACUCGACUGUGUCCAACGUGGCCAUCGUGCUCGCCUCUCAGGACUUACUCAGCGGCAAUAGCUCCUGGAAGGCACAAGUUGAUCGCAUACUAUCAUAUUACGAGUCUGGCCUAGGCAAUCUUAACAACAUGAUCGACAACAUCGAUGCUGGUUACUGGGGUCUGGCGGAAAUCGCUGGCUACCUUGCUUACAACGAUUCGGAGUCUCGUCUUCAAUUCGCCCAGCGCAACUUCGACGCCUUGUAUACUGAUUUCAUCAAUGCCUCCGCCGCCCAGGCUCAGUUGUAUUCACGUACGUUGGUUACGAGCUGUCCGCCAGGGACGCUAGAGGGUCUACUAUUCGCUGAACACUCGGAUCGUGCGUCCUUGGUGGUAAUCAGUAGCUCAAUAGGGCCUUGGAUAGCACUGUCUGCUCGCCUAUACGAACUUACCCAGAAUGCGACAUAUCUCGAGGCGGCCGCACAGUCGAUUCAAUUUAUGGAUUCAUACAUGGUCAAGCCAACUGGUUCGAAUGUCUCCAUCUCGACCACAUUCAACAUUACGUCUUGUGCUCCUGAUCAGGCGGCUGGGACCGUAGAUAAUGUCGGCCUUUACAUUGAAGGCCUGAGCGUUUUGGCCAACGUCACCGGGAAUCAGACCUACACCCAGUUGCUUGAAGAACUUGUGCCCGCUAUCACAUCAUUUCGCCCUUGGCACACCGAUGACGGGAUCUUGACAGACGAUGCCACGUAUGUGUCUAAGGGGACACUGAUCCGUGGACUCCUCGAGGCCAGAUUGAGAAAUCCAGGCAAUAGUACUGAAUUCAUUGAUCUCAUUGAUAGUUACCUCACAAUCCAGUUUAAUGCCGUACAAACUAAUGCAAAGUCGGCGAAUGGCAAGGACUACAGCAACUCGUGGAACCUCGUUGAUGGUAGUUCUUCUCAGUACAGUACGGUAGCAAGUGUGCAGGCAUUGGAUGUGCUGAAUGCCGCCCUCGCGAUAGCUCCUCGAGCUUUCCAUAGUCCGAUUUCACCACACAGACAUAUCCAAGUAGGGGUCAUUGUGGGAGCUGCCGUGGGAGGCAUUGUGGCGGCCCUGCUUGUCGUUUUAGGUGGCAUCUAUCACCAUCGUCGAAGGAACGCACGGAAGCGUCUUAUCCGCGACGAUAAAGUCGACAUCACGCAAGAGCCUUCUUUGCCAGUCAAAGCAGAGAUGCUCACCGAACCUUUCGUUAUGCCUACGUCAGACCCACACAACGCACCGGUGUCAGAUUCCUCGGCGAAGAAGGAUGCUCCGAUUGUACUUGAGUAUCGGGACGUGUCAUACAACGGCACCCCAGCGCGCCCUUCGCCUGAGGCCGCCAGCACCUCGAUGACACCAGCUAGAUCAACUGGAAGCGAUCAUGGUGCCGUAUAUGCGUUGGAGAGGAGGCUCGACAACCUGAUUCAUGCGUUGGCCAUCCGAGGAGAAACAGAGGAAACUCCCCCAGUAUAUGAAGGUGUCGAUCCCACCGCUGGACACGCCGGUUAG